UAUCUCUCCAAUCCUCUACAAUCAACACUUCUACUUUAGUUUUAAUAACUAAUCUUUACCACUACAACCGACACCAUGCGUUUCUCCAUCAUCUCUGUUUCCCUCCUCUCCCUCUUCGCCUCCUCGGCUCUGGCUGUCCCCGCCGCUUCCGGCACCCUGAGCUGCAGCGACGUCAACUCGCAGCUCUCCGGCUACGAGCAGCGCCUCGCAAAGGCCACUGACACCAGCUCCGCCAAGUACCAGGCCGCCCAGAACUUGGUUAACUCUGCCAAGAACCUCGAGUCUGCCGACUGCGGCAGCUCCAGCAAGAGAUCCUACUACCCUCCCGAGAGCACCGGUCUCAUUGGAGAGAUCCUGAACGCUCUUGACUCCCUCCUUGAGGCUCUCGGUCUGUAAACAGCCAUCCUAUCACCGAGAAGCGCGACUCGACGUCGCGCCUGGGAUCGUCCCUAUCUAGUCCCUUCACAGAGUCGCCGGACGAUGGAGGGAUGCAAUGUGCAGGAUGGCCUCGGUAUAGGUUUUCUCCAUAGGUUUUCUCCUGAAGGUUUCCCUAUACCACAAUGCAAAUGCAGGGGUCGGGGAUAUCUCUGGAAUAUCGGCGAUGGUUCCUAUGUUAUUAAUGGAAAUGUACGGGUAUAAUUAAUGAUAUCAGCCUGU